AUUUCUACCUCUAUGCCAGGGGCUAUCUAGACGCCGAUGACCGCAAUUGAAGCGUCGUAGGCUGGCGAGGCGUGGCGGUGAUUUGCCAGUGGCGCGAAAUCGUUGCAGAUUCCGAGGCGUAAGGCAAGGCGAGGGCCCGCUUUCCUGAUACCGUUUGUGGGUGAAGAGGUGCUGCUGUGACAGGCUUAAACCCCCGCUUCAGCAACACCUCUCCUGUAGCCACUUGGUCCUUCCAGUCCCCUUAAAAAAGCCAGGACAUGUACAAUACAAGUUAGUGCUUACAGAUAAAGGAACAUUCUUCAAAAAUGUCUAAGAUUGAUAAAAUGAGCAUCCUUGGUGUGAGGAGCUUUGGAGUAGAAGACCAAGACAAGCAAGUGAUCACUUUCUUUAAUCCUUUAACUAUCAUGGUGGGGCCAAAUGGUGCUGGAAAAACGACUAUUAUAGAAUGCCUCAAGUAUAUUUGCAGUGGGGAUUUUCCACCUGGCACCAAAGGAAACUCAUUUGUCCAUGAUCCAAAAGUUGCCAAUGAAACAGAUGUCAGAGCUCAAAUUCGACUUCAGUUUCGCGAUGUUAACGGAGAGCUUGUAGCUGUCCAAAGAUCCAUGGUAUGCACUCAAAAAGGAAAGAAAACAGAAUUUAAAACUCUUGAAGGAGUUAUUACCAGAACAAAACAUGGUGAGAAAGUCAGUCUGAGCUCCAAGUGUGCUGAAAUUGAUCGAGAGAUGAUCGGUGCUCUUGGUGUCUCCAAGUCUGUGAUUAACAAUGUCAUUUUCUGCCAUCAAGAAGAAUCCAACUGGCCCCUAAGUGAAGGAAAAGCUCUGAAACAGAAAUUUGAUGAGAUCUUCUCAGCAACAAGGUACAUUAAGGCUUUGGAAACUCUUCGCCAGGUACGCCUGAAGCAAAGCCAGCGGGUUAAAGAGUGUCAGGUGGAACUGAAGUACUUAAAACAGAAUAAAGAAAAAGCACAUGAGAUUCAGAAUCAACUUACUAACAGGGAAACUCAGUUGGCUGCCUCCAAGGAAAAUGUCAAAUCUAUUGAGAACCAACUUGAACCUCUAAAGAUUCGUCUGACAGAAAUAGAACAGAAUCUCGUAAAAGUAAUGAGACUUGACAAUGAAGUUAAAGCUCUGGAAAGUCGGAAAAAUCAGAUGGGAAAAGAUAAUCAAGAUUUAAAACAAAAGAUGGAGAAGGUUUUUCAAGGAACUGAUGAACAGCUUAAAGAUAUAUUCCAAAACCACCAGAAAACUGUGAGAGAAAAGGAGAGGAGAUUAAAAGAAUGUGAGAGAGAGUUGGAAAGAGCAAACAAAGAAUGUCAAAGAUUCAACAGAGAAAAAUCAGAACUGUUGGUUGAGCAAGGUCGUCUUCAGUUGCAAGCAGAUCGUCACCAACAGCAUAUUAAAACCAGGGAUUCGUUAAUUCAGUCUUUGGCAGCUCAGUUGGAACUGGAAGGAUUUGCAAGAACACCUUUUAAUGAAAGGCAAAUUAACAGUUUUCACAGGCUUGUGAAAGAGAGACAGGACAACGACAUGGAAGCUGCUAAUCAGUUAAUGAGAGAAUUUGGUGAGAAAGAAGCAACAAAGCAGAAGCAAAUAGAUGAAAUAAGAGAUAAAAAAACUGGACUUGAAAGAACCAUUGACCUAAAGUCAGACAUUCAAAAUAAGAAGCAGCUUAUAGAGAAGACUCUGAAACAUGAAUUGCAUCAACUAGAAGGGUCAUCAGAUAGACUCCUAGAACUGGAUCAGGAACUUGCCAAAGCAAAACACGAGCUAGACGAAGCUGAAAAGAACUGCACUGCUGAAGCCCUAGAAAUGGAAGUACAAGGACUGCAAAAAGAGAAAACAAAUUUGGACAGUGUCCUUCGAAAACUGGAUAAAGAGAUGGAACAGUUGAACUUAAACACUGCAAUAAUAACUCAGAUGGACAUGCUGAAGAAAGAUAAAGCUGAUAAAGAAGAGCAAAUCAGAAAAAUAAAAUCCAGGCAUAACGAAGAGUUAAUUUCCUUAAUGGGAUAUUUUCCAAACAAAAGACAGCUUGAAGAUUGGCUUCAUUCUAAAAUUAAAGAAAUUAAUGAGACAAGAGACAAACUUGCCAAUCUCAACAAAGAACUUGUUUCAGCAGAGCAAAACAAAAAUCAUAUUAGUGCUGAACUAAGAAAAAACGAGGAGCAGCUGUCCAGUUAUGAAGAAAAGCUUUUUGAUGUUUGUGGAAGCCAGGAUUUUCAAAGUGAUCUACACAAACUUCAAGAUGAAAUUGAAAAAACAUCCAAACAGCGAGCCAUGCUUGCUGGAGCCACAGCAGUUUAUUCGCAGUUCAUUACACAAUUAACAGAUGAAAAACAAUCAUGUUGUCCGGUUUGUCAGCGGGUCUUCCGAACGGAGGCAGAACUUCAGGAGGUGAUAGAUGAUCUUCAGUCCAAGCUGCGCCUUGCUCCAGAUAAAUUGAAGGCAACAGAGUCUGAGCUUAAGAGAAGAGAGAAGAGACGUGAUGAAAUGAUGUCAUUGAAACCUGUUAGGCAAACAGUAUUUGAACUUCAAGAAAAAGACAUACCUGACUUAAGAAACAGAUUACAGAUACUGAACAGAGAUAUUCAACGCCUUAAAGGCAAUAUAGAAGAACAGGAAACCCUCUUAGGUACUAUCAUGCCUGAGGAAGAAAGUGCCAAAGCAUGUCUGCAAGAUAUUACACUUAUGGAAAGAUAUCAGACAGAUCUAAAGGAGGUUGAACGAAAAAUUGCUCAACAGGCAACUAAACUACAGGGAGUGGAUUUAGGACGAACUCUUCUACAAGUGAGCCAGGAAAAACAAGAGAGAAAGCAUCAGUGGGAUAUAGUUACUGGCAAAAUUGAACUGAAGCAGACUCUUAAACAAGACCAACAAAAUCAGGUCCAGAAUCUAAAGAGUACAGUGAAUGAGCUUAAAGCAGAGAAACUUCAAAUUUCCAGUUGUAUGCAACGUCGGCAGCAGCUGGAAAAGCAGGUUGUAGAUUUGACCACUGACGUGCAGUCCUUGAACAGAGAGAUUAAGGAAGCAAAGGAGCAGAUAUUUCCUCUAGAAGCAACUUUAGAAAAACUGCAACAUGGGAGAGAAGAGUUAAUGAAUAAAAAGAGCACAAGUUACAAAGUGACACAAGAGAAGAUAAACGACAUUAAAGAAAAAGUUAAAAACAUCCAUAACUAUGUAAAAGAGAUUGAGAACUAUAUUCAAGAAGGGAAAGAAGAAUAUAAACAGCAAAAGGAAUCUGAACUUGAUGAAGUCAAGGAUCAGCUGGCAGAAUGUGAGAAGAAGAAAGAGAAGAUAAAUAAAGAAAUGGGAACUAUUAGACAAGAUAUUGAUACUCAGAAGAUUCAGGAGCGGUGGUUAGAAGAUAACCUUACUUUAAGAAAAAGAAAUGAAGAACUAAAAGAAGUUGAAGACAGCAUUAACCAAUAUUUGAAAGAGAUGGGAGAAAUGCAAGUCCCACAACUGAAAAAGGACCGACAGCAUUUAGAGGAGAAGAUAGAAGAUCUGAAAAGAAAUCACAGCUUGGUGCUUGGUCGACAGCAUGGAUUUGAGGAAGAAAUCCUUAGGUUUAAGAGAGAGCUGAGAGAUUCACAAUUUAAAGAUUCUGAGAAAAAAUACAGAGAAAUGAUGAUUGAUAUGAGAACAACAGAGUUGGCCAACAAGGAUCUGGACGUUUACUACAAAGCGCUGGAUCAAGCGAUAAUGUCAUUUCACAGCAUGAAAAUGGAAGAAAUCAACAAGAUAAUUCGUGACCUUUGGCGAAGCACCUACAGGGGGCAAGAUAUUGAAUACAUAGAAAUUAGAUCUGAUGCAGAUGAGAAUGUUUCUGCUUCCGACAAGAGGAGGAGUUACAAUUAUAGAGUAGUAAUGAUAAAGGGAGACACCGCUCUAGAUAUGAGGGGCAGAUGCAGUGCUGGACAAAAGGUUCUUGCUUCCCUCAUUAUCCGCCUGGCUCUAGCAGAAUCCUUUUGUCUCAACUGUGGUAUUCUUGCACUGGAUGAACCCACCACCAAUCUUGAUCGAGAGAAUAUUGAAUCUCUUGCACAUGCCUUGGUGGAGAUUAUUAAAAGCAGAUCUCAGCAACGCAACUUCCAACUUCUUGUGAUAACCCAUGAUGAAGACUUUGUGGAGUUGCUAAGUCGGUCUGAAUAUGUGGAGAAAUUCUACCGAAUUAAGAAGAAUCUUGACCAGUGUUCUGAGAUUGUGAGGUGUAGUGUCACAUCUUUGGAAUCAUUUGUUCAUUAGAGUUUGCAAAUGAUUGAUUUUACAGGAUUGCUCAAGAACAUAAUGGAGUGAAAAUAAAAACUGUCUGGAUAAUGA